GUCAGCGUGAGCGCGCAUCGAGAGAGUGAGGGCGAGAGCAAAGGCGGACGGAGCAAUGGAAGAAGCAGUUAAUGCAGUCUGAGCCCCAUUCAACUCCGGUAUUAAUUGCAGUAGCUGGGCGCUGAACCCUUUUCUACCCCUUUUCACACUCGUUCACAGAUGAUGCGCAUAAAAACCCUAGUACAAAAUGGCCGCCGGCGGCGGUGGUGGCUUCUUCGUCAACAAUUUCAGCAGUCUCGGCUUGGGGUACUCCAUUGCCAUUGCCCUUGGCCUCCUCGUUCUCCUCUCCACCAUCCUACUGGCCUCUUACAUAUGUUGCAGAGGCAGGCGAUCUCCUCCUCCUUCUAAUGUCGAGACGAUUGUGUUGCCGAGAAUCAUUUUUGUGGCAGAAGGUGAAGAAGACGAAGGAGAUGAACAUUCUGUUGUUGUUGGGCUUGACCAGAACAUGAUCAAUUCUUACCCAAAGUUUGCUUUCUCGAAGGCUUCAAAGGGGAACGAGGCGAUGUGCUCCAUCUGUCUAUGUGAGUACAAGGAGGGAGAGAUGCUGAGAAUGAUGCCUGACUGCCGCCACUUCUUCCAUCUGUGCUGCGUCGAUGCUUGGCUGCGGCUCAACGCGUCCUGCCCUGUCUGCAGGACGUCCCCACUGCCAACCCCACUAUCAACGCCCCUGUCCGAGCUCGUGCCCCUCUCCCAUUUCCCUGAUGCCCCAGCCACCCGGCGGUAACACACAUUAACAGGGUGGUACCCUCCUCAUCCUGUACAGGUCAGUGGGACCCGGAAGUAAAUGAACUCUGAUACAUCGUUAAGGUUUUCUUGUUCGAGCUAAAGCACUGAGAGCAAUAACAGCCCUUGAAUCCCACUGUGUCACAGUCUCUCUUUCUCUCUCUUCUGUCUUGUGUUGUGUUAUUGGCGUGUUUCUAAUUGAUAUUGUUGUUUUGAGUUCGAGUAGUUUUGCUUGUUUUUUCUCUCACCCUGCUUUCUUUUGGCCAUUUACUUUGAAAGUUUUUUUUUUUUUUUCUUUUUUGGUUUUCAUUUUUUGCUUGUAAUGAUCUGAAGAUCUAGCAAAGAAAAGGUGGUUGUGGUGGUUCUGGAAAGUCUUUCAUUGAUUUGAUUUUUUUCAUUUUAUGUUUUAUUUGGCUGCUUGGUGAAGUUAUCAGAUAGUGUUGUUACUGAAUUGGAGAACAUGGUGAUCUUUGAAAUUGUUUCCGAAUUGGAAAACAUGGGGAUCUUAUCUGAUAUCUUGGUGUAUAGUUCAAGUGUUUUGUCAUGUAAAACCCUCUCUAAUAUUCAUAUCAUACUAAAGAUAUUAUGUUUAGAAUUUUAAACAAGACAAGUUAUGGGCUUCUUUGCUUGUCUUCUCUAUCCCUUGUUGAAAUGUUUGUAGUGCAUUGUUAUCUUCUGGGAUGAAAUCUCCAGACUGUAAUUUUUACAUGUCAAUAAUGGGGUUGGACAACUGAGGCUAAUUGCUGUUUUCCUUUUUUUUCCUCUCUGAAAUGUCUUCUGAACAGCUAUCUUAGAUUGCAUUGUAAUUGUUGUUUUUGUACCAUGCCUUCUGGUGGGACAACUGAGGUUAAUUGGUGUUUUCCUGUUUUUUCCUCUCUGAAAU